ACGGUAUCGAAUUGGGGUUCUGGUGUGAUGCAAAGACGAUGACGCUAGAGGUGGCCCAAGAAAAACCCGCAACGCUAUUUCAGAUAAUGAAUUAUGGACUGCAACCGAAACUGUCUUACUUCAUCUAACAUGCAGACUUUUCUACAAAGAUAGAAGAACUCUUUUAUUGAUGUUUUGUACAAGUAGAAGAGCCGUUUCUAAAGUUUUAAGGCCUACACCUUACACCGGGGGAUACAGGUUUAUCCUGUGGAAUGUGGAUCGAUUCCUAUCCUAUGAGGCCCCAUACUAUCUUAUGCUAUUCUAUAGUGAUGAGUGCUAAUGUGGUCUAAUCUGUCAGUGCUGUCUACGUUGCGGCGCGGAGUCUGGCGGAGCCUCCUGCUGGGAAAGAAGGCACGGAGCCGGGGAAAAGUGAGGGAAAAGCCUGGGCAAGCACUUUCCUCGGUGCUCUUUAAGGCUCAGCGCACUCGGCUCGCAACGGAAUCAGGCAAAGCGAGAAUUUUGGACCCAGGUAACAAAACAAGAAAGUUUGUCACCACGGGGUUCGUCAAUGAAUGAAUGAAUUCAUGUACACACUCUUCAUGACUUAUUAUACUAGGGUUCGUACGUAGUACAUGGUCUUCCAUCUACUCUACAAGUCGUCUCCCCUGGUUUGUUUCUCAGAGCCAACGGUGAGAAGAUGCCUGGAAGAGAUGUAUACGAAAGAAAUAUUUUGAGCUCUAAAUCGUCGACGAGAUUGUCGGGCCCAUCAAGGAACAAGACAAGAAGGGGGCGAAAGAUGAAACAGGCGAGACGCCGGCUCUUCAAAUGAUAGACUAUACUAGCGACUUCGCGG